AUGGAAGAGGUCAAUCGGUCUGCGGAGAGCAAGGAAUAUGAUCCCCACGCAGUCUGCACCGGAGCAUUGGUUGAAAUGAUUACGCCUGGAGGAGAAGUUGCAUUUGUCCAGCGAAUGAUCGAUGAAAGUAUGGGUUUAAGAGAAACAUGCAAAUGGUACACAAGUCUCCUCGGUAAAAUGAGCUCUGUAACUGCUCUGGUCCAAUCGAUCAAGGAAAAGGGAAUUGACAACUACGCAAUCGCCGAAAUUAUUCAAGGAACUACCCGAAGAUGGGUCGUCGGAUGGUCAUUUACGGAUACCCGGCUUCCAGACACACUCGCCCGACCUAAAUCCUCAUCCCUCAAAUCGAUCGCACCUCUCCCCAACACGCUCCACCACACAACCUCGCAACCAAUCUCCCAUGAAUUACUCGUUCGAGUACUUGAAGACGUUCCUAGGCUUCAGCGUCAAGAAGAACAAACCCCACCCCGAAUUCGAGUUUUAGUAUCCGAAAUCACCUGGACUCGCGCAGCGCGUAGACGGAUGGCACGUACCGCACCCACCCUUGACGAAAAGCAAAACCAAGCUGCUGCGAGCCCGAUCAUGAUGGUUUGCGAGGUUAGCGUCGUCGAUGACCAUACCCUCAAAGUCCGGUGGGUUCGCGGCAAGGAUCGGAGUACUUUCGAGUCGUUUUGGGGCUAUGUCAGUAAAAAGUUGGAUGCUGGUGCGUUGGCGUAG